CCUGGAUGAACUCCCUCAUUCUAGCUUUUUUCCAAUUCUCUGCUGCAGCCUUCUUGCAAAUGCGCUUCCUUGGCGAUGCACAUGGACUGGUGUCUUCUGUGCGAAAGGGGCAGUGUGCUGGCUUGAUUCCAGGGUACAUAUCAGGAGAGCUCGUCUGGGCGACUGAUGGAGGACCAACCAAGAGACCAGAAGAGCUAUGGAUUUUGUAAUUGUGGAACAAAAUCGAAUCCUCUCAUCUGUGUCAAUGGGCAUACGGUUUGCAACGGUUGUAAAGGGAAGCUGAGCGGGUGGUGCCCGACUUGCCGAGGCGUGCUUGGGAACAUCCGUUGCCUGUCGCUUGAAAAGGUGGCGGCCUCGCUGCAAUUGCCAUGCAAGUUUCAAGACAAGGGGUGCGCAGAAGUCUUGAAAUAUGACGAGAAAGAGGAACAUGAGAAGAGCUGCCGGUUCCGACCGUACCGGUGCCCGGUUAGAGGGUGCCUCACGGUUGGAGAUGUGAGAAAGAUUGUGCUACACCUUGAGCAUGAGCACCAAGGUAGUCCUGUGAAAGAGGCAAGUGAGAUAUCGCACGUAUUCACGGAACCACUGAAGCACAUAGAAGACUCGAAGCGAGCAAGCGAUCCAUUGCUGUACAUGUUUCAGGACGAGUACUUCUGCCUGCAUUUCGAGGAACAAAGGAAUUUCCUGACGACGUCAACGUAUUCCGCAUACAUAACCUUCCUCGGGGAACCGACAGAUGCAUCGAAGUUCAAAUAUCGUCUCGAAGUUGGGCGGCAUGAUCGUGCGAUGAUAUGGAUGGGCGUGCCAAGGAGCAUCCGUGACUCGCUCGAUGACAUCACGAAGAGCAAUGAUUGUUUAGCAAUCCCAAAACACCUUGCAAAUUAUUUCUCGCUAGGCGACAUGCAGGAGCUGAAGCUUGAAGUGAGGGGCACGAUCUGGGAGAAGGACGAAUAGCCGGUUCUGUGUGAUGAUGCAUCGGGGAUGAAGGGUCAGCAUGGAAUGAAGGGUCGGCAUGCAGCGUCCUUUCGGCAAGGGUGAGGCUGCACUCUGGCCACCAUUUUGCUUACAUGCCUUGACAAUUCCCUUUGCAGGACACGUCUGGUGUAGAUAUGUUGGGCCGGUGCUGCGGAACGACCACCAGUGAUAGCAAGUUGGUUUGAUUGAUCACACGACAGGUUCAUCGGCCAUCUUGCCUACAACAAAACUGAGACUGCUGU